CCAAAACUGCAACCUCACGUUCUCUCUCUCUGUUCACCAGCAUACACUGUUUAUAAUUUCUUUGUUGCGGAUUCUGCGACAGACUGCCAUAUCACCGCGUCCUCUCCGACCAGAAUAUGCCCCUGUCGCGUUGGCAAUUCCUCCUGCAAACCUCCUCCUGAUGUCCGCCCGUGUCUCACUGCCUCGAACACUCGAUCCGCCGCCGCCUGCCAAACGAGCUCGAUUGCAGGAGUCAUCCUCCUCACGGCGUCGCAAGAGCUCUCCGGAUCUACUCGACGCCACUAACUCGUCUCACCCUCGACCAACACACAUUAUUGCCUCCCCUUCGCCUGCUGCUUCGUCGGCUACUUCCCCGCACGCCAAACUUGCGUCUGGAGCGCAAUCCCGGCGGACGUCGACGCGCCGUCCGCUGGCUUCCUCGAACACGACCACGUCUCACUUUCCUCCCACUACUCCGCGACACUCCGACCGUCGUCGCAUUCUGCGCCAUGAGACCCCAGUCGCUCCUCUUCCUCCUUUCUACCUUGACCAGGGUCGUGAAUCGCCUGAUCCACUAGACACCAUCUCCCCUUCCGUUUCCCGACGAAUUUCCCCCGCCGGUCGCACUUCCGCUCCCUCUUCCUCCGCCGCCGCCGCCGCCUCCUCCACCGCUACCGCUUCAUCAGCCCGUCGCCCGCGCCGGCCAGCUCCGCCCCCGGCGCCAGAUACAACACCCAUUCCUCAGAAAGAAUCACCGGCUGCUGUGGCGCAAAGACCAAGUCGUACCACGCGUGGUGUGGUCGCUGCGGAGCCAGUUGCCGAUUCUCCCCCCAAUGCGCGGGAGUCGCGACGCUCCCUCCGCUCCAACGACACUGGCGCUCGCGCCCGCAGCGAAUUAGCUGCCUACUUCCCCAACUACGAAGAGAUUCUCAGCCUGGAGCCUCCGAAAGCCGAAUUCCUAACUGGUAGCACCACCAUCAAACUCAUCGAUGACCUUCCUGUUCCUCUCGUCACCCGAAUAAAAUCCAACCUAGAGCUAGACCUGGAACGUCCCUUCGAAAACCCACUCACCAAUCUCCACAACUGCGAAGUUAUCUCCCUUCCCGAACCUCCCUCGUCUCCGCCUCCCCCCUCAGAUCUUCCCGUCGACCCCAUCCCGGAAGAUCCGCUCGACGAGAGCAUUUUCUUCCGCGCUCACCGUCGCAACGAGCGACAGGAGAAGCAGCUCCGGAAUAUCGAGCGCGAUCGAGCCCAGCAUGAGAAGCAACACUUCGACCGUCUCCUCGAUGAGCUACAGGGCCCAGAAUGGCUCCGAGUCAUGGGCAUCAGUAGCCACACCGAGCAAGAUAAGAAGCUCUACGAGCCCAAACGCGACUACUUCAUACGGGAGAUUUCCGCCGUCCUCCAGAAAUUCAAGAUCUGGAAGGAAGAGGAAAAGCGCCGCAAGUCAGAUAAGGACAAACCAGCCGACCUAAUCACUCCCGAUGCGAAAGGAUCAACGACCACCACCACCACCACCACCGCAGGCGGCGACGGAACGACGGCAGAAGCGCAGGCCGGGGACGCCGGACCCGCCGCCCCGGCAGAUGGAGGAGGGGACGCACAAAGCCAUGCAGGGGACCCGCCGGAUCCCAACGACGUCGACGCCUGGGCUGCCCGCCAACUACUCCAAGAGGCUCGGUCCGCGACCACGACGACGACGACAGGACCGGGCGUCAAGAGACCCAAAUCGACCCUCUCCGCGCCCAAGCGAACCACUAUCACCGCAUACUUCAAGUCGAAGUCCUCUUCCUCCUCCUCCCCUUCCUCCAAUACCCCUGCCACGGCGGCUCCUCCUCUGCCCCCGCCCCUCGAUCCCGCAAAGCCAUUCACCUCUUUCUUCGCCGACCCGCAUACCCGCAAAGCAGCUCUGUCUGCCUACCGAACGGACGCCCGGACACCGUUCGCCUUCGGCCACCGCAUCCCCGCCCUGCAGGAGCGGGACUUCGAGCUUCCGCCGGAUAUCUUAACGCCAGAAGCCAUCGACUCCUGUCGACGGAAGAAGCGGCGCAUGAAACGCGCGAGU